AUGGCGCUCUACCGCUUCCUGCAGUUGUCUUCCAUGCUGCGCUCGGCGGUCAACCUGACCUUGCGUAGAAACAUUGGCCUCUCCGCCGUGGUCCUCAACCGAGCAAAAGAUUUGGAUCCAGUGCAGAAACUCUUCCUGGACAAGAUCCGGGAAUACAACACCAAGAGCAAGGCGUCUGGCGGCAUCGUGGACGCAGGCCCUGGGUAUCAGAAGAACAUGGCUGAAGAGGUGUCCAAACUGGAGAGGUUAUACGGUGGGGGAGAUCUUUCAAAAUUCCCUGACUUCAAAUUCCAAGACCCCAAGCUGGAUGAGGUGGCCAAGUGA